AUGAACUCCCAACACAUCAAGCCUACCACCUACAAGAAGAACGCAUUGAAACAAGACCAGUUGGGCUGCAUCUUUGAGAACAACGAAUAUUACAAAAUUAAACAAGGAACUACUUUUAAGUCGUAAGUUUUACACAACAUAUUAAAAUAACAGAAAUGACUAAAAUUUAAGCAAUACAUAUACUCUUAACGAAUAAAUUUAAAAAAAUGGCGUUUCAAAGAAUAUUUAAAUCAAAAAAUUAAGUCAUUUACUGCGACAACUAACUUUACAUUUAACACAAUAUAAUCCAGCUGAAGUCAAAGAUAAACAACAAGAUUACAAGUUCAUUUGUUUUAGGUACGAUGAGCUAGUUCACGCCAUCAUCAGGUACGAAAUAGCAGCCAGAGUGCACCUUUUAAGAAGUAGUUCGAACUUCUUGAAGGCCAACAAAAAGGUUGUCUUCUCAGAAGACAUUUGCCAGCAGUUUGUAUUAGUUGAUCGGCUCGUGUUUAAGUGUCCGAACCACGAAGUCAUCAAAAGAUACGACAGCCAGGGGAACGCUCUCUACAAUAAAAGGGUGAUAAAAAAGAAUAUUGAAGACCCAAGGAAAUGUGAAUUUACCUUCACGGUACAGUACAACCCAGAAAUAAACCGGCUACAAAUUAGUGCCGGAAAGCUGUACCACACGGGAGGUUGCAAUCCCAGCCACAGGGACUUAUUUGACUAUGUCCCAAAAGAUGAAAACAACAAAAAGAAAAGAGCUAUCCGUAAGUUAUACGCAUUAUAUUCAAAUAGCUGUAAUUUUAUCAAAUUUUAACGUAAUUUAAUAAUCUACACAAACCAAGAAGCUAACAAAUUAAUAAAGAAUAUGCAAAACAACAUAUUAGCUUCACUGUUUUUAGAUAAGAAAAUUGAAGAAAUGGCACCGACUCGGCCGCCUGUUAAAUACUGGCCCGCAACUACAACAAUUGCCUUCAAGUCCAAGAAUAGAACGAUGCAAUCACCGAACUUGAACGCGCCAUUCCACCAGGACACUGACGCUGGCACGAUAACGUACGCGCCAGAAGUUGAAGCCUUGAUCAGUCAGUAUGUCACCGACUGCAUAAAGAAGCCGGCUGGCGAAGAGCCUAAAGCCGGGCCAUCCAACAGCCGCGGCCCCAAGCGCCGUAUGGCAGACGAAAGCGAAGUAGCCGCCAAGAGAGCCAAUGAUGGAUAUGCCCUGAGACCAAACAUGAAUUACGAAACCGCAAAAUUUAGCCAAGCCAGCUACGUAGGCCAAGACAACUACAUGAGCCAUGACGGGACAGUACAGUUCGAAGGUUAUGUACAACCAGUGCAACAAAGAUGUGAAGGCCAGACUGAUUUAUUCAGCCAAAACCAGGCUUACUGCCAGCCGGCUGGUCCAAGUCAAAGCUAUUGGAACCAGCCGGUUCCCAAUUAUGAGCCUUAUUAUGAACAGACGGCCACACAACAAUAUAACCAAGAAGGCUUCCACAACAUUUAUGGCCAACAAGCGAGCAAUAACGGUUUCUUUGAGCCAAACUGGGAUGGAUACAGUAGGUUAAGCUACGAAGCAAGCCAACCGCCAGCUUACUGUAGCCAAGACAUCGCCGAACCAGUGCCAGAAAGUCGAGCAGAACAGCCCGCGUAUAAUCCGCCAUAUGCUGCCACAUUUGUCAAUGAUCACAAUGUAAGAAGGUCACAACGUAGUGGUAGUCCAGAAGAAGAUAACUAUGACUGGGGCAACCUGGAUGAUUACUUCGAACCGCCGCUCCAGUGUUCAGCCCAAGAAGAAGAAACCACUUUGUCGUUGGCCCAAAAUCCAGAAGGUCAAGAUAGUCCACCCAUUGAACAGCCUGAACCGGAACCUCAGCAAGAACCAGCGCCUAUAUUCUACUAUGAUGAAGAAGAAAUGCAGGCAGUCGGUUCUGGAGGAGCCGACCUUAUCCUAAUGGCCAUGGAAGGUCUACUAACAUAA